AAUGGGCGGUGAGUGGUAAGUCUUAGGGGAGGGAGUCGGGUCACCGACUCCGCCUGCUAUUAAUACGUCUCCUCCCUCUCUCCUUCUUUCCCAAUCUCCCCAAAAAAGAAAGCUUUACUUUUCGCCGCCUUGCAAGAUGCAGAUCUUUGUUAAGACGCUCACUGGAAAAACCAUCACCCUCGAGGUCGAAAGCUCCGACACCAUCGACAACGUCAAAGCUAAGAUCCAGGACAAAGAGGGCAUCCCUCCCGACCAGCAAAGGCUCAUUUUCGCGGGCAAGCAGCUCGAGGAUGGCCGUACGCUUGCGGACUACAACAUCCAGAAAGAGUCGACGCUCCACCUCGUCCUCCGUCUCCGCGGUGGCAUGCAGAUCUUCGUGAAGACCCUCACGGGGAAGACCAUUAC